UUCUAACCCGACAAUCGAGGACCACCCCGUUCGGCAACCACUUCAAGAUGGUCCGCUACGCUGCUCAGGAGAUUUCGCCCGCUAAGAGCGCCCGCGCCCGGGGCUCUUACCUGCGUGUCAGCUUCAAGAACACCCGCGAGACCGCCCAGGCCAUCAACGGCAUGAAGCUGCAGCGUGCCCUUGCCUUCCUCGACAACGUCUCCAACAAGCUCGAGGCUGUCCCCAUGCGCCGGUAUGCUGGCAGCACCGGUCGCUGCGCCCAGGGCAAGCAGUUCGGUGUUAGCAAGGCCCGCUGGCCCGAGAAGUCCGCCAAGUUCCUCGUCGACCUCCUGAAGAACGCCGAGGCCAACGCCGACACCAAGGGUCUCGACACCGGCAACCUGGUCGUCAAGCGCAUCCAGGUCAACCAGGCCCCCAAGGGCCGCAGACGCACUUACCGUGCCCACGGUCGUAUCAACCCCUACAUGACCAACCCUUGCCACAUCGAGCUCAUCCUCACCGAGGCCGAGGAGGUCGUCAAGAAGGGCCCCGUCGUCGCCAAGAGCCACCUCAGCUCCCGGCAGCGUGGCGCCAACGUCCGCCAGGCCCUUACCCAGGAAUAAGCGGAUGUAGGUGGUGUCGAGGGACGGAAAGAAGGGAACGGUAGUCGGAAAAUGAAUAGGAACCAGCCGGAGUUUUCUGUUGUACGGAACCAAUACCUUGUCACGGAAGGAAUACAAAAAAAAUAACUGUUCAUCCUCUUUCCAAGUGAAUCUUUAUUUUUUUUUCUUGGAAAUUCCCGUCCGGAUCCGCCAACUACUCCAUGGUGGUCGGUGCGUCCCCGUGGAAUACAUGCUCCUAGCCUACUCCUAAGGGAUGGAUGGCUGGAUCACGUCCAGUUCACCUACAAUCUUAUUUCCCACCGACAUCUCCACCAGCCUUUCCGGACCUCGAUUCGGGGAGAGGAGAGUGUUUUGUGCUUUCAUGUUAUGUCAUGAAUAGAAUACGACCUGAUAUUUUGAACGUUA